AUGUUGUCUAUCCUCAGAAAGGCACGUCUUAAGGACAAAGAGAUGCGUAUCCUCAUGCUAGGCCUGGACAACGCUGGGAAGACUACGAUAGUCAAGAAGAUUAUGGGCGAAGAUGUCAACUCCGUAAGCCCAACUUUGGGUUUCAUAAUCAAAACCAUCGACUAUGACGGGUAUCUGAUCGCCCUUUCCAGGGAUGUCGGAGGCCAGAAGACACUACGCUCAUACUGGCGCAAUUACUUUGAGAAGACAGAUGCGUUGAUUUGGGUUGUUGACGCGACGGACCGGUUGCGAAUUGAAGACUGCAGGGAGGAGCUGCAUGGCCUCCUACAAGAAGAGAGGCUAUCCGGCGCGAGUCUUCUUGUCUUUGCCAACAAGACCGACGUCAACGGAUGCAUGAACGAACGGGAGAUCCUCCAGGGACUGCAGCUGGAGGCAAUCCGAACGCAUCACUGGCAUAUUCUGCGUUGCAGUGCCAUGACGGGCAUAAACCUCAAGGAAGGCCUGGCUUGGGUGGUGGACGACGCGAAAAAGAGGCUCUUUCUGUACUAA